AUGAAGGUGGAAAGAAGAAACCUUCCCUUCUUGCUUAAGAGAUACUGGUUUAGAAAAUCGAAGACUUUCUCUGCUGUUCGUGAUGGUCUGCCUGCUGUUAUGAAACUUGUGAUUGACUUGACUUCUCCCAUGGGGAAGAAAGAUGAGGUUGCUAUAUCUGAGCCUGUGACACCUGCCAUGCCGAAGACGGCUAGUACGAUUGCUGAUCGGAUUGCUCAAUGUAGAGGUUCUAUCAUGUCCCCAGUUUCGAAGUCUAUACAAAAACGUCAGUUAGGAGCUAAGUCCGUUUCACUUUUGAAUAAGCUUGCUACUAUAAAAAGCGACAAGGUGGACUCUGUUACUAAAGUGAUGCCAAGGAAAAUUCCUCUUACUGCUAAGACUGGGUUCAACGGCGACGAUCUGAUCGAGGCUGUUGUUGUCCAGCCACCAUGGCUGAUGUCGGUGGUGGAAGAAUCUGGGUCAUCACCUCUGAUCAACGAUGCCAAGCAGCCCAGCCACCAUGAACGUCUGAAGCUUCAAGCAGAGAGAGGAAAUACAGAAAGAAAGAGAGACGCGGGGACUGGUUCUUUGGUAAUCCUGGAAAGGGAAAAGGAUGGAAAAGCCGGGAUUUCCAUUUGCUUCCGGAAACCACAAGCUCUCUUCCGCAGAAACUCAAAACGCAGCUCGAGCUCGACUUCUGUCUCAGAAUCCAGCUCGACCUUCUCUCAGAACUCAGCUCGAGUAGUCCUUGGAUCAGUCGGAGAACUCGCUGAAACCGAAGGUCGCCGUCGCUCAGAGCUGCGUUUCUUUUGCAAAAACGAUGUUUUGGAUGGAUUGAAGUAUGCAUCUUCACAUGAGUGGGCGAAGCAUGAAGGUUCAGUGGUAACAAUUGGUAUCGCUGAUCAUUCUCAAGACCAUCUUGGAGAAGUAGUGUUUGUUGAGCUACCAGAAGAUGGUCACUCAGUCUCUCAAAGAGGCAGCUUUGGAGCUGUGGAAGGUGUCAAAGUAACCAGAGAUGUAAAUUCUCCAAUCUCCGGCGAAGUCGUCGAGGUUAACUCAAAACUUACUGAAUCACCUGGUUUGAUCAAUUCGAGCCCAUAUGAAGAUGGAUGGAUGAUCAAGACCAAGCCCAGAAGUCCAUCGGAGCUAGAAUCCCUGGUCGAUUUCUUCGUAUAUUCAACGACUCACAAUCAUGGAUCCUGAUUAAAAGAGUGGGUCAAAGUGGAUAGCUGGGAUAACCUCACAAUAAAUCGUUCUUGAAAUCAACGGCAAACACAAAAGCAGAUUCCUAAACUCACUCGAUAGCAUGUGAAAGGCUGGGUAUUCAGUUCUCUAACGUGGCUCCCGUUGAUUCAGUUUGCUUUUACUGCUGCCAAUCUACAGAUAUUGAAGCAAAAGCCACACUUUGAAGAAUUCAUGCCGCACAGAAAGAUGAUGAAAUGCCACCAAUUGAAUCCAUCAUUGCUCCACUGGAGGCAGAGCUUAAGCUUGCUGCAGGAGGUAACCAAGUUGUAGGCUGACAACAAAACACUUGAUCGGCUUACUAAAUCCAAGGAGGCUGCUCUGCUUGGGGCCGAGAGAAAUGAUCAGAUUGCUUGGGCAAAAGCAUCAUUGGUUGAUGAUCUACAGAUAAACCUUCAAUCUCAUCAUGAAGUUUGUGCAUUCGUUAUUUCAGGAAUUUGAGUUUUUUUUUUUAUUUCUCAAGUCUUAUCACAUAGAUUACGAUUUCACAUAUGUAUAUUAAUGGCAAUUAUAUGAUAGAAGAAUUGGGAGUGAUGCUGCUAAACCUCAUUAUAUGUAUUAUUAAUGGCAAUUAUAAGAUUUCACAUACAUAUGUAUUAUUUCUCAAUUCUCAUAACCUCCUGCUCUGUAAAACGAUCUGUGUAAGUUUUGGAAGUGAUGUUGCUAAACCUCAUUUACCCUA